UUCAGAUCCGCUCAACUCCGAGCAGUCUCAAAAGUCAAAACUGAGGAACCCAAAUCCCAAUUCCCGUCACGCUUGUACGCCACGCGGAAACAUCCGUCCCCGCCCGCUCGAAUCUCGAUUGCCUUGCCCCCGGCAUCGCCACCUCCGCCUGCCUGCUCCCCCGCUCGCCCCCAGCCUCGCCGCUUCCUCCUCCUCCUCCUCUCCCCCCCUCGCCGCGGGACGCCUAGGGUUUCCCCUCGCGGGCGGGCGGGGCGGGGGCGGGACGGGACGGGGAUGGAGGGGUGGGCCACCGCGGCGGCGUACACGGCCGCCGCGCUGGCCUCCGCCGCGGCGGCGACGGUGAUGGCGCUGCGCCUCGUGCACCGCCACCUCCUCCACUACGCCGAGCCCACGCACCAGCGCUUCAUCGUCCGCAUCAUCCUCAUGGUCCCGGUAUAUGCAGUGAUGUCAUUUCUUUCCCUUAUCUUACCGCGUAAAGCAAUCUACUUCAAUUCUAUUCGAGAAAUCUAUGAUGCUUGGGUCAUCUACAAUUUCUUUUCACUUUGCUUGGCAUGGGUAGGAGGCCCUGGAACUGUGGUGGUAAGUUUGAGUGGCCAGUCUCUGAAACCCUCAUGGUUCCUGAUGACUUGCUGUUUACCAGCUAUUCCUCUAGAUGGGCGUUUCAUAAGGAGAUGCAAACAAGGCUGUCUGCAGUUUGUAAUCCUGAAACCAAUCUUGGUUGUUAUCACCUUCAUACUUCAUGCUAAAGGAAAAUAUGAAGAUGGAAACUUCAGUGUGAACCAGUCUUAUCUAUACAUAACUAUCAUCUAUACAAUCUCAUACUCUAUGGCACUGUUUGCUCUUGCACUGUUUUAUGCGGCAUGCAGAGAUCUACUUCAGCCAUAUAACCCUGUCCCAAAGUUCAUCAUAAUAAAAUCAGUUGUGUUUCUCACGUAUUGGCAGGGCGUGUUGGUUUUCCUUGCUGCAAAAUCUGGAUUCAUAAGAGAUGCUGAGAAAGCAGCUUAUCUGCAGAACUUUGUUCUGUGUGUUGAGAUGCUGAUAGCAGCCAUUGGGCAUCGAUUUGCAUUCUCCUAUAAGGAAUACGCUGGCUCCAAUGCUCGUCCUUUUGGUGGUUUCAAGGGAAGCCUUCUUCAUGCUAUGAAAUUCAACGACUUCUAUCAUGACACUGUACACCAGUUUGCACCUACAUAUCAUGAAUAUGUGCUCUACAGUAAUGAGGAGGAAGAUGAACCUACAAAAUACAGCCCCAGCACUGUUGUGCCAACUGGAGAGCAAUUAGUAGAGCUGGCGGAAGUCACUGUCGUGAGCUCAAAAGCUCCAGCAAUGUCAAGCUUACCGCUGAACAAGGCAAAUCAGGCAGAAACAAUGCCCACUCAAAGUUUGGAAGUCAAAACUGCUACUUCAGCAGAACCGUACGAGCUGUCGAACUUCCUCAACGUAGAGUUAUCUGAUUACCCUGCCGAGGUCCCCGUGAUUCCUGAUGUGAGAGAGCAAUGACCUGGCGCUGUAUAUUUGGGGUGUAGAUGGGCAGUAGCGCUGUUGAGCUAAUCGUAGAUUACGUUGUACAUAGAAAUGUUGCGUGUUGGUUACGUUUCAUUGUUCGCCCAUUUGAAGGGCAUGCUCAUUUUUUUUUUCUGAAUGGGUUAAAGAUGAACCAAUCUCACAGAUCAACUGAAGUUGUCAGGGGAAUAUAAGUACGAGGUAGGAGUGUGAGCAAAUGUCUCGGAUUUGCUGUUGCUGAUGAUGUGGGGUGUGUAUUGAACGUGGUCUCUGUACUGACCUUAUAAAGGUUCACGUGUAUAGCUAGCUUGCAAGAUUGCACUGAGAUAUGGAUUUACUUCAGUAUCCUUCAUACGAGCUCAUAAGGGAGUGGAAUAAUGCAUUUGAUUU